AUGAAGGACGCUCCUUGCUGGACCAACUUCAUCGUCGGAUCGAGCAACAUUGAGUACAGAGACGUCAUCGCCACCGCCAUCACCAACAACGGCAGCAUCAUCCCCAAGAACACCGACUUCUUCGACUCGCUGGACGUCCAGGACGUCAAGAUCGAGCGCGUGUGGGUCAACAUUGACGACGACUGCUUCUCCCCCAAGUCGAACAACACCAACCUCUACGUGAACACCAUGUACUGCAACGGUACUCACGGCCAGUCCAUCGGAUCUCUGGGCCAGUACCCCGGCGAGAUGUCGUUCGUCAAGGAUGUCCACAUUGAGAACGUGUGGAUGUUGAACGGAGACUACUCUGGCGCCCGCAUCAAGACCUGGGCCGGCCCUAACGUCGGAUAUGGCUUUGUCGACAACAUCACGUACAAGAACUUCUGGGUCGCCCGAAUGGACUACGGUAUCAUUCUCGAUUCUUGCUACUUCAACAUCAACGAAACAACCUGCGAGCAGCAUCCGUCCGGAAUGAACGUCUCGAACGUCCUCUUUGAAAACUUCACCGGCUACACCAGCGGCAUCUACGGCAACGCCGUCGCCAAGCUGACGUGCUCGACCAACCCCGACGCCGUCUGCCACAACAUCAAGUUCAAGAACUUCAACGUCACCUCGCCCUGCGGCGGAGAGCCCGUCGUCAUCUGCGACGGCAUCGACGGUGGCCUGGAUGCCCCUUGCGUCAGCAUCGACAGCGACGAGGCCAAGGCUGCUCUGGCGGCCAAGUGCCAGACUCCCCUUGCCCCGAUCAACGAGCAUCCGUGGUAG